AGUCGUACUACGUACUACUAUGGAGCGCUCGUUGCGUAUACAAACAAAAAAUUGGGUGUGAUAUUUUGAAUUAAUUAAUUCUUGUGUGUGUAUCGUGUGAUUCUGAUCGUGCAUAGCUGUGUGAACUGUGUACAAUAGGUAGGGGUACACCAUGAGGGGAACUGCAGUGAUGUGGCCCUUGAGGACAGUGAAUAGGAGCAUCUGCACUACGGCCAGCCGCCAGCAGGUAUCGGAAGGCAGCAAGGAAAUGGGUGCAAAAAAUUCGAUGCUUUCCACGUGUCCCGUCCACAUCCAGCGAGCCAGGUCCACUCACGUCGUGGACGCUACAGCCUUUGAAGUAUCGUCUCCUGUCAAACCCUGGGAAGAUGUACCAGGUCCAAAGCCACUGCCCUUACUUGGAAACACUUGGAGGUUCACUCCUUAUAUCGGGAGCUACUCAGUCGAACACAUUGACAGGAUAUGCGUAUCUCUACGCGCGAAAUACGGGAAGUGUGUCAAGAUGGCAGGUCUAUUGGGGCGACCGGAUAUGCUGUUCGUAUUUGAUGCUAACGAAGUCGAGAGGGUGUUUAGAGGAGAGGAUGCCGCACCCCAUCGUCCUUCAAUGCCUUCAUUGAAUUACUACAAGCACACGCUCCGAAAAGAUUUCUUUAGCGCCGAGGAAAACUGCGCUGGAGUUAUUGCUGUGCAUGGAGACUCGUGGUCCGCGUUCAGGACGAAGGUGUCGAGAGUGGCGCUAAGUGCGGGCGCGGCUGCCCAGUACACGGCGCCAGUGGCUGAAGUGGCUGAUUGUUUUGUGGAAAGGAUUCGUAAAAUACGGGACGAGAACAUGGAAACUCCUGAAGAUUUUCUAAAUGAAAUACACAAGUGGUCUCUUGAAUCAUUAGGCCUCAUAGCCCUAGACACCCGGCUGGGCUGCUUCGAAGCUUGCGAAGGCUCCGAGAGUCAGCGCCUGAUCGACGCCGUCAAGACGUUCUUCUUGUGCGUCGGGGAGUUGGAGCUGAGGGCGCCGUGGUGGAGGCUCUACCCCACCGCCAUGUUCCGACGAUACGUCGCUGCUUUAGACACUAUCCUCAGCGUAACUCUUCGUCACGUGGAUAAGGCAUUGGAAGAGAUCAAGUUGAACGGAAGCAGUAAGUCGCUGCUGCAGGACUUGGUGACCGCCGCUGGAGCCAGGGUGGCCGCUGUGGCCGCUCUGGACAUGUUCCUUGUCGGGAUUGACACGACGUCUACCGCAGUAGCAUCCAUAUUGUAUCAGCUAUCUUCGCGGCCUCACGUCCAGGAGAAAAUAUAUGAAGAAGUGACCAAGGCUCUACAAGGUCGUCCGAUGUCGCCCGGGGACCUCAACCAGAUGCCCUAUCUGAAGGCUACCGUUAAGGAAGUCUUAAGGAUGUACCCUGUUGUGAUUGGCAACGGGAGACAACUCACCAAAGACACGGUCAUAUGCGGUUACAACAUACCCAAAGGGACCCAAGUGAUAUUCCAACAUUACGUGAUGGGGAACAGCGAGGAGUACUUCAAGGACGCCUCCCAGUUCCGGCCGGAGCGUUGGCUGAAGCGGACGGCGCAGCGCCACCACGCCUUCGCCUCGCUGCCAUUCGGCUACGGCAAACGCAUGUGCUUGGGACGGAGAUUCGCCGAACUCGAAAUACAUACAGUCAUUUGUAAGAUGAUCCAAGCCUACAAGAUCGAGUACCGCCGCGAGCCACUCGAGUAUCACAUCCACCCGAUGUACACGCCAAAUGGCCCGAUCCGAUUGAGGCUUGUCGAGCGGUGACGUCACCACGGCGUCCGAGAGACGGUGGGCCGUGAACAAACCUCCCGACCAUACACAAGCUAACCCCGAAACUAACGCGUCUUAAAUAAAUAUUUUUUUUAAAAUAAAA